AUGGCGCACUCUCUGAAAACACGGACGGAACCAGUUCUGCCCUGGCAACUACGGCCUGGUGACGACGCCAUCAUUCAAGAACAGAUUCGUGACGCAGAAUUCACAAUUGCGGAAGAGGUGGCCCUUUUCGAAGCUCAAUACCCACCGCAUGUCUUCACAUAUGAGCAGAUUGAGUCAAUACCGACGGAGACAGCACCACUGGAGACGGAAGGAAGAGAAGAGCAAACACAGGAGCCACAUGAGCAACCACCUGCGGGCCUGAGCUCUCAGACAGCGUCUACUCACCAGGCCGAUGUUGACGCGAAGUCAGAUGAUCGUUCAACUACGGUUGAAGCGCAAUCUCCGAUCAAGGAGAAACCUGCGCCCACGGAGUCCGAUAUGGCUUCCCACCCUGAGCCUGCAGCUGGUGCUGCUGAUGCGGAAGGCGGACCUCGCUCGCACCACGAUGACGAUGGCGAUGAGAUGUUGGAGGACAACGAGGAUACGGUUAUUUACUAG